UCCCCGGUCCCCUCAGCCCACCACGGCCAAACCACCGGGGCCGGCGGCCGGGCCCCGCCGCCCGCGCGCCGUCACUCGCGGCGGCCCCGCGCAGCCGUUGCUGCCGCCCCCGCAACGGUCCGGAUCCCCGGCCCGCGGCGGCCCGGGGAAGGACCACGAAGCCUCCGCCAACGCAGCCCACUCCGGCGGCAAGCGCCGCGCUCCUCCUCCCUCACCCGGCCGAACGGGUGGCGCUGAGCGGGGCACCGCGGGCCCGUCCGAGCCCGGAACGAUGCUGCUGCGGCCGCGGGGACGCGCCGGGCCUCAGCGAAACGCUGCACAUCCCACCCUUUCCCCUCCCCGCUCCCGGCCGCCGGACCUGGCUGGCGGCGGCUUCCGGCGGGGAGGGCGUUCAGCGCCAUGGGGCGGCAGCGGCUGUUCCUGGAGGUGGCAGCGGAGGGGCUGGUGGCCGCCUGCCCGGGCCAGGCGCGGUUCCUGCUAUAGCGAAUGUGGAUUAGAAAGGACAUGUCCUUACUGCUUCCAGUUCCUGGUUCCUGAUAGCCACAGAGUGCGUCUCAAACCAAAGAUGAAAGUGACUCCACAGAUAGAGAAAAUUCUUAAACGGGAGAAGAAGAACCAUAAACUUAAUAUGAAACAGACAAAGCUUUUGAAAAAGUACAGGGAGUCAAGCAGUGUUCUGCUGGUUACUUGCAACUUAUGCAACAAAACAACAAGACAUUGUGGUAAAAGCAGGGAUUUUCUGGCUACCAGGACACAAAAUUUUGGCACUCCAAGUAUUAAAUCUAACCCGAGGACACCAGAUGUAAAAAUUCAGUCUGCAAACAAAGUGACACCUGUAAGCUGCAAUAGGUUGGGAUCUAAAGGGAACAGUCCCUCAUCACUCCCCAGAACACGUGUAUCCGGACAGAUGACAACCAACUCUGCUUCCAAGACUCCCCGAAACUCCAAAUUCCACUUUUCUAAGCUAAAACAGAUGCUUAACCUAGAAGAAAAAGAGAAAAGCCAGAAGGCAGAUUUUAAAACUUUCUUGACUUUACUUUAGUUAUACAUUAUUUCAAAGUAAUAAAGAUUACAGCAAUAA